AUGAUUCUUUGGUUCGUCAUCUACUUCCAGGUGGCCUCUGUAAUGUGGAUGCUGAUUGAAGGAGCCUAUUUGUAUAGUCGAUUUACUGUAUUUGCAAUGCGUCACAAUGAUGCACCAUGGUUUCUAUAUAUGAUAUGUGGAUGGGGUGUACCAUUGGUAGUGGUAAGCUGUUGGACAGUUGUUCAUGAGUACAAAUCUCGACAACAAGGCUCAUUUUGUUGGGUACCGUACGCUCAAGGAAGUCAUUUGUGGAUACUUGCUGGAACGAUGGGUUUUGCAUGGAUUAUGAAUUUUAUAUUCCUCUUGGGAAUUGUGAUUAUUCUCGUGCAAAAACUUCGGACGGAGAACUCGGCCGAAUCGAAGAAGAUAUGGUGA